CACGAAUCCAUUUUACAAUUACUAUUGCUCGUCACCUGUCAUGAGUAGACCAUAUCAGUCGAGCCAGAUGGGAGCCCCAGGAGCUGGCCCCGUCAAUGGAGGCUCCGCGGUUGGGUCGUCGUCCGGGCCUAGUUCAGGGCCGGGAUCAAUUCGACCACCAGUCGCAGGUGCAGCUGCAGUCGCACGAUCUAAUAAACCAUCCCUUAGAAACUCGCCAGGUCUUCCCCCCGUACCAAUUGCGGGCCAACCAUCCGGAGAAGGACCCACAAGCAUCAGCACCAAUAACAAUAACAAUAUUAACAACAACAACAAUAUGGCCAUGAACACAGCCCCCAGGAAAAGACAUGCCGGGGAUUACAAGUUUGGGACCCGGAUCGGUGAAGGGUCGUAUUCCACCGUGUUCUCGGCGGUGGACAUCCAUUCACAUAAAACGUACGCCAUCAAGGUUCUUUCCAAGCUGCAUAUCGUCAAGGAGGACAAGAUCAAGUACGUGAACAUCGAGAAGACCACGCUUCACCGGUUGGGCCAACAACACCCGGGAAUUGUCCAGCUCUACUACACGUUCCAAGACGACCAAUCUCUUUUCUUUGUGUUGGACUUUGCCGAAUACGGAGAGCUUUUGUCGAUCAUUCGUAAGUUUGGACUGUUGAGCGAGCAGGUGAGCAAAUUCUACAUGUGUCAAUUGGUGGAUGCCGUCAAGUUUAUUCAUCUGAAGGGGAUUAUUCAUCGUGAUUUGAAACCAGAGAACAUUUUGGUGGGGUAUGAUUUCAAUUUGAAGGUGACUGAUUUCGGUGCUGCCAAGUUGGACGAUGAAGGAGCUAGUGGAGACAGAGACGGGGCCGAGAGAGAGAAUGAUGUCAUGGAAGGUAGUAGGAAGGGAUCCUUUGUCGGUACGGCAGAGUAUGUCUCGCCGGAGCUUCUCAAGCACAAUAUCUGUGGAUAUGCUUCGGACGUAUGGGCGCUUGGAUGUAUACUCUAUCAAUUUUUCCAUGGGAACCCACCUUUCAAGGGGUCGACGGAGUACUUAACAUUUGAGAAGAUUAUUAAUCGAGAUUUUAAUUACAACGUGGCCCUCCCAAGCCCGGUGACAGCACUUAUUGAUGAGAUUUUUACGGUCGAUCCAGAAACGAGACCUACUUUGACCCAAGUAAUGGGGAGCCCAUGGUUUAAAGAGGUGAAAUGGGAUGAUCGGAAUUAUAUAUGGGGUCGUAAGGUGCCGAGAUUGGAACCUUAUCGCGAGGCUACUGGCCCCAUUGCCGCCCCCACAAUGAAAAAUGGUUCAAAUAGAAAUAUCAACAAGUCCAAUUCUUAUCAGCAAUUGCAUACACAGAUUCAGAAAUCGCUGGAUUUUUCAAUUGUACCGUUAGUCGGGAAGAGAGGACCUGGAGGACCUGGUAGAGCAACGCCUGUUCUGCCCGGGAAGUAUCAGAGGUCUGGGCUUCAAGGCACUGGUCCACCAGGACCAGGACCAGGACAAGGACCAGGGCCAGCUCCCAAUGGGAUCAUUGGAGGUGGACCACCAAUUCCAAUUGGAACACCAAUGGGAAAUAGACAAGCUAUAGGAGGUCAAAUGGGCCCUGGUGGCCCUGCUCCUAGUGGAUAUGUGACUGUACCUCCCCCUGGACCUGGACCUGGACCUGGACCUGGACCUGGACCUGGACCUGGACCUGGAUCAAAUGGGUAUUCCGGACCAUCUUCUGGAGGAUAUCCUGGAGGAUAUAACAAUGGAGGACACACUAACCAAGGACUUAUCCAGAGUCCUCAAUUAACAGCCAAUGCGAGUGGACCAAUUGCAACCAAGGGCCCAGCAAAAGGACCAGUUAAACCGCCCCUCAACGUAGCUCCUACAUCGAAGCCAAAUGCUGGACUUGCUGCCGCCGCCGCAGCAAGUAGAAGAAACAACCCUAUGCUUACCAGUGGUACCGCCAACUCCCCUAGUAUGUCCACUCCCCCCUCAAAGUCAUUAUCUAAACCACCAAGUGCUAUCUCUACCGCCACCACCAAUUCCAAUUCUAACACUCCUUCCUCUCUGCCAAAGAUUCCACCAAAACUGCCCACAAAGCCCAACGUAUCACCUACGAAGAAACUGACAAGCUCUACUGCACCAAGUAUCACUCUUAGUGAAAUAUCGGGACUUCUUAAAGAAUCAGAAAAGAUUCUCAAGAUGGAUAUCAUUCUUAAGUCUCAGCUUAAUCAUAAGAUUCUCCAUCGGUCCGCCGCUCAACCUCUUGAUGAUUCCUUAAUCGAUGCACUCAUUUCCGAGCAUCGGUACAGACUUCAACGUGGCCUGAUCCCGGUGGUUGCCGUGGUGACCAACUUGGCACGGGUCUUCUUUGUCGAUGCCAAUCUCAAUGUUAUGCUCAUUGACUUGAAGGCUAACAAUGGAAGCGAUUAUCUGAUGUACGAUUAUGAGUUUGAAGAGGAGGAAGAGGAGGAUCAAGGUAACCUUGCUUCACCAGAAGGAUAUCUUAUUAUUGAGCUUAUCAAGGAAGGUGGAGAUUUGAUUUUCCUUCAAAGAAUAUCGAAACAUGGUGAGAUCUCUCUCAAGGAUUCGGUCCGAGUGGUGAAGAGAAACGGUGAAGAGAUCAAAUUGGGCCAGAAUUAUGGAUGGAUCGAUUGUUUAUUGAUGGCCAAGGAGAUGGUGAGUGCAGCAUCAACCACUGCACCAUCGAAGGCUCGUGCAUCUCAAUCACCACCACCACAAUCAGCCGCGAAACAAACUACGUUGCCACCAAGUGGAUCAACUAAAAAGACAACCAAAAAGAGUGGCAAAGCAACUACUUCCACCACCAAGCCAAAGAAACCAACAAAGGGAGAUGGAUCUGCGGGGAACUCCCCCACCAUCAAACCCAUCAGUAAAUUUGCAUACGCUGCCGCCGCUGCAGUACAUAAGUAAGUACAUAGACAGAAGAGUUUCAAUAGAUGUAUAUUAACAUGUUU